ACCUUUGUACCCUCCUACCUCUUAUCAGACAAAAUUAAAUAAUAGUGUGCAAACUGUUUAAUGUGCCAUCUCUCAAAGGAUUGUUCAACUUGUUCUUUGAAUGUUCCAAAGGAACUCGUUUUUUAAAUAUUCCAUUUGAAGAUGACUUCUUCUUUCUCUCUCGUUUUCUUUUUAUGCAUUGCAGUCUCGAGUGCUGUCGCAGCAUCACCCUGGUUUGGUGUUUGGACUUACGGAUCCCGUCGACAUAGUGUUUAUGUCCAUCGUGGAAGUCACAGGCCUUAUGAUGACGAUGGUCAUCAUCAUGACCAUGACCAUGGCUAUCCCUCCUCGGAAAGCGACCAAAGUAGUGAUCAGCAACCUGGCAAGAAGUGUCCUCACGGGAGACGAUGUAAAGAUGGAACUUCUAGUCUUGACAAAGUUCGGGAACGCUUCAGCUGUAACUGUCUUCUAAAAGUGGAUAGUAAAACAGUGUUUCGUCAAAAGGAUCCAAGAGGUCUGUACUCAUGCAGUCGAAGGAGUUUGUACAGAUGCUCGCGGUAUUGUGACGAACUGUUUGAAGAUGACAGCUUACGGGCCCGCUCUCGCCAGGAAGCUUGUGAUGUUCUGAAUGAAGAAGUCAACGUUGCCUGGUAUCGUCGAAGUCAAAUUUGUGGAGAAGGAGAAUACUAUCAAGAUGUUCCUCUUUCUUUCAAUCUUUGUUGUUAUAGGGGACGGCCUUGUUAUUAAAUUGAUGCUUAAACUUUCGAGUGUACCGAACUUGUUCUCUUUGUAUUCGGCUAACUUUAUAACUACUGGAUUUAUUUAUAAUUGAUUUUUC